AUGGAUGACGGCUGCCUUAUCGAUUUUCUUUUAGAAGAUGACUUCGCUACCAUGAAUGCGGACUCCAGUUGUCUGGACUCUAAAUGGCUUGUCGAAAAAGACUGUAUAUGUGACGAUCGCGUUAUCAAAAGGCCAAACAGAAAGACCAAAUCGAGGACAAAAUCGAAGCGCAGGUCGCUUUGCAAGGAACUGCUCGACGAAUCCAUUGACGAACUUGUAAACUUGAUUAUCAAAGAUACCAAAUUGUCACUAACUAUCGGUAGCGAGCCGAACCAAAGGACUAAGGUGCCACAGACAGUUAGUUCUUCAAAAAAGAAGUCGAGGCGUGAGGGUUGGACUAACAAAAUAGGAGAUGACCAGGGCUUAUUGACUGUCUUCGGAGGCGAGCAGCUGGCAGGUGAGUUUGCCUUUAAUUUGCUGGAUGUUCCGGAACCCGACGUGACUACGGAAAGCAACAAAAAGAAGAAAGUCAAGAGAAACAGAACGCGAAACGGCGCAAGUAAGAAGGCCGAGAGUCACCCAAUUGAACCUACUGAUCAAAGCUAUGCUGCGACUAAAGGUCAUGGUCACUCAAGCGCUCCCAAUUCGAAUGCAGAAAAAGACGCGGCUGUAAAGAAGGGCAAGAACAAAAAGAAGAAGCGCAAAGGCCAAGCAGACGAUGAAAAUAAACUAAAAGGUAAUGCUAAGGAUAGCACUAAAAGCAAUUCACAACCCAGGGCUGAAUCUAGAGAUAGAGAGAGCCAACGGAAAGAUAAGAGCCCAAUAAAUUCAUCUAGUAAAAGCGGUCCACCUGUUCAUGGGAAAAGGUCCUCACGAAAGAAGACCAAAUCGGCUUCGUCUAGUAAUAAUGACCAAUCAUGCUAA